GCGUGAGGUUUCGUAUCUCGAAGGUUUCAGUCUCCGAAAAGGGAAGAAGCAAAAGCACCCAGUGUGUGUUCAAAGGCCACAGUUAAAGAAAAAAAAAAUAGUAACGGUGGAAAAGAGUUACAAUGGUGGUAUUUCUGCUUCAGCAGUGAUCUGCUGACAUUUUUACCCAGGGGAUGUACUGUACGUUGUAGUGAUUUCACUUUAAUGACACUGAGACUUUGCUUUCGUCACCCAGAGCCUGCUGUUCACUUCGCGUUCUGUCAAAUGUACUUUGGCACACAAUGAAACGUAGGCACCCUCAGCUUUUAACUUUGAGCUGGAGGAGGUCGAGCAGUUUAUCUUCAGUUUAAGAAAGCAAAACUGCAUGGAAACUUUAUCCUGUAGCAGAGCGUUAGUGUCCAGGCCAGACGUCAAAUUAAGAUCCAAGCACCCUUUAAGAACCAAUGUACCCAAUAGCUCAUGGACGAAAAAAAUCAAAACAGGACAUCGUUGGUUUCCAGGCUACCGAAAUAUGGAACGAAAACUUUAGGGAGUGUUUUGCAACCCAUGCCAAAUGGGAUGGCUGUGAGCUUAGCAGGGAGUAAUGGUGGCAAAAAUUUCAGCAAGCACAAUGGCACUGUUGGAAUGUCUCCCUUUGCUUUCAACUGGAAAAAAUCAUAUAAACAUCAGCUUAACGAUCAGAAUGGGAGAGAGGCCAAUGCCAAACGCAACUCUAAUGAAAAAUUAAUUGAUUCUGAGAAGUAUCCUCAAUCUCAAGGAGCUUUGGGCAAUGAUGAGCUCAGGGUGGGUUUGAACAGUACUGCUUCUGUUGUGUCAAAAGCAGCAAAGCAAACCAAUAUGUUUGUAUCUCCUACUGAGGAAUUAAACCCAAAGUCUAUACCUGGACUCUCUAGUUCAGCUAAAUUCACCAAAGGUACCCUGUCAGGAAGGACAUACUCUGGACUCAAUGCUCCAAGAUCAAAUUUAAAUGGAUUUUAUGGAAAUCGGCCAGUGGUAGGUUUGCAGAGACCUAGAGCUAAUUCUGGUGCCGCAAGGACAAGUUCAGGAGAAAGCCUGGCACAAUCUACAGACAAUAGCAAGGCUUUUUCCUGUGACAAAAUGGUAAGAUCACAAAGUUUUUCACAUUCCAUUCAGAAUUCUUUCCUUCCCACUGCAUCUCUAACCAGGUCACAUUCCUUUAAUAAAGCUGUGGAUCUUACAAGGCCUUAUCAUAGUCAGAAUCUUGCUGCCAGGACGUCUCAGAGGUCUACUCUGCUGUCAAGGAAUGCAUGUCAGUUGGAUGUACCCAAUGGAAAUGAACCGGUGAAGUAUGGAUUUACCAGACCGUACUCGGCUAUGUCAGCUCCUUGUUCCAAGAAACCCCCACUGUCAAAUGGAUCUGGGUCAGCACCUUCCUAUGGAUACAGAUUAAGUCGGCCUUCUCUGCUGAAGCCUGCCAGGCAGCGGUUUGCUGGGAACACCGUUUUGGAUGGCAGCAAAAGUGCGGCUGCAGACACGUGCAUCGUGGAGAACACGGAUAUUUCAGCAAAUAUCAAUAGAGCUGUGGAUAAAAACAGUAUUCUAGAGAGCAGGGCUCAAAGAACAGAACCUGGUGAGGGCCUGCAUGAAAGUCUGGGAAAGCAUGGGUCAAAAGUGAUGUGUAUGAGCGAUGAUGGAGAUGAAAUAUCUAUAUCUUCUUUGUCAUCCUCUGAGAAAAAUGAUUUGAGUGAAGACUUCAGUGAUGAUUUCAUAGAUAUAGAAGAGGCAAACAGACCUGUACAAGUCCAGCAGAAGGAGAGCUGCCUUCAGGAAUUAGAGCAUGGGAGCAGAGUGUCCAUUGAGCCAUUCACUUCUCUCAAGGAAGGUGGAGGAUCUUGCUGUAAUGCUGAUGACUGGCUUGAUAUAAAUGUGUCUGCAGUGGAUGACAACAGUGAAAGCACAAAACAUGCUACUGAGAAUGUCAUCUCUUCAGAGAUGAACUACAGAGCUGGCUCCUCCUUUGAGCUUUCUCCGUCUGACAGCUCUGACGGCACAUAUAUGUGGGAUGAAGAGGGGCUGGAGCCUAUAGGAAGUGUCCAUCCGUGUGGAAGUUACGACUCUUCAGAAAUGAACAGCAUAGAUAUCUUGAAUAAUCUUGAUUCAUGUGAUCUUGAAGAUGAUGAUCUCAUGCUUGAUGUGGACCUGCCUGAGGAUCCACCUCGUGACAAAGAGGAAUGUGAAAAUAUGAGCCGCUAUGACAGACAAGACAGAAAUGUGAGACAACAUCAAGAGGGAUUCUGGAAAAGAGCAUCACAACAGCGAUGGAAUACACAGGAGCACUAUCAUCUUGGCCAUGCUGACCAUUAUAUCCAUGGUAAAAAUGAUUUGAACAGGGGUUCAGGCUACCUGGAGCCUGCAGUGGGUCCCCUGGAGAGCUGCAGAGCAGGCAGUGGCUCGCAGGCCCCGCGGGCUCUGGCGGAGAACACGGUGAUGCUGGAUGAGAUGACCCUGCGGCACAUGGUGCAGGACUGCACCGCAGUCAAAACCCAGCUCCUCAAACUCAAGAGGCUGCUGCACCAGAAUGAUGAAAAUGUGUCACUCCAAGAUAUCACAUUUUCAGUUCCAUCGAGUCCAGAACCACAAGAAGCUGAGUCAACUUUUAAGAUGGAUGAUCUGCUGAAUGAGAUCAGGCAGCUUAAAGAUGAACUGAGGAAAAAGGAUGAAACAAUCAACCAAUUAGAGCAGCAGCUUGCUACCAGAUGUAACUGCCAGAAGGACAGUCAAAAACUUCCGGGGGCAGUGCGCGGGUGUGCCGAUAAAUUCACGCAAACCUCCUGGAGGAGGAGUUCUCCUCAAGUACUACAGCCUUCCAGCAGCCUUCCCAAUUCCACAGACCUCGCCCAGGGAAAACUAACAAGAACUCCACAUAUCGAGGCCCACAGUGAAUAUCCACAACCAGAUCUGCAUGACAAUAGAAAUAAUCAGAAUCAGAAUCCAAAUGCUGCAAAUGUCUCUCUCCCAAAUAGCCCGGAUGACAUAAACUCUUUAAUGAGCGUACAGUUAAACACAAAAGAUGAAAAUGCAUCGUAUUUGGACAAUUUGAAAAACAAAAACACUGAGGACCCUGGAGAGGUGGCUAGUAAUAAGAAAGGUACAUUACCACCUCGUUCCCACUUUCAGACCUCUACACGAGCUGAUGCUCCAGAGAUGCAGACUGGAUUACCUGUGAAAGGUCAACCCUCAUUCACAAACCAGGCUUCUCAGCCAAAGACUUCAAGAAUCGCGAAACCCCCAACUGCUUUAGUGCCUCCUACCAUGGCCGUUCCUGUACGAUCUGCAGGUCAUUCCGCUACUUCCAAGGAACAUGAGCUUCUACCACUGAGUAGUUCGACUCAGCCACAGCCAACAUCUGGGCAGGAUAGCCUAAAGGGUAAACAGAGUCAGAAAGUGUCAAAGCUUCGCCCACCAACUACGUCCUUUGCUAAAUCCAAGCAAGUGAGCAGUCAGAAAUCCACGCCGGUACCUCCAGAGACUCAGAUCGCCUCCCUAAAGUCUAACAUCCCAAGGCCACCAGUCCAGAGAAAGGAAAAUGUGCAGACACGCUCCGCUGGUUUGCAUUCCGGGGACAGCAUGCCCUCCGCUCGGCAUUCCCGCCUCCCAAAACCAAAGACACACUGAGGCUGUUCCCACAUGUCACUGCACUAUGCCACUCCGUAUCCCACUUGCCGUGUUGUGACUGCCUCGGAGCCUGCUGUACCUGCAGCCUGCAAAGCCCGAGUCACUGUUCCGAGUUACAUCUUCCUUAGGGUUUGCAUUCUCCAUCCUGCCGUGUUCUCAGGCUGCUGUUACGAGCUGUGCAGUUUCUCUUGAGAGUGCUUUAUUUUAUUGUCAGUCUUUAAUAAAGAUGGUAUUUCAAUCCUAGUAAUUAAGCAAAUACUGAAGUCUGUGGUGACCACAAAUGCCAGAAUGCUGCACUAUUUAUUUCAGGAUGGCAGAAAUUAUUUCUUACCUCUGUUUGAGUUAUUAGACAAUGAAAUUGCUGUUCUGUUUAACUUCUUGGUUCUGAGUACUCGUUAGGUCAGAGUGGUAGAAAAUUAGACUGACUAGCAGAUGUUUUAUUGGCCAUAAUUCUGACUCUGUAUUCCAGAGGCCUAUGCAAAAAUCCUUGUAUUUAUAAUUCUCUCAAGACUGACAUAUUUAAUGUUAUUUAAUCUGAUGGGUUGGAUGGGUUGUGUUGUUUUGUUUUGCUGUAACCUGAAGUUGCUCUGUUCUUUAUUUAUCCCGUUUUCACUGUUCACAGACAUUAGGCAGAUUUCACAGGGUGAAAUGAAUCUUCUCGCUUAAACAUCCUCAUUUGUUAAAUGAUUGUGGUAUGUUUUUAUUGUGUUGAAUAGACACAUUACCGGGUAGAUUCAUGAAAUGCAGUGCUAAGGAUGUUUGUCCAAACCUUCCAAUGCAGGCUCUUAGGAAUUGGUAAGUAGGGAGCCUCUGGGAAUAAGGGGUCCAGAACACCUAUGUUGAGGUUGCACAACAUGCAUUUUAAUUAAUAUUUUAAACUUUUAUUGUUCUGCUUGUAUUUAUUGAUUUCUGUUUAAUAUUGAAAGGCUCUGAAGUACCUGACUUGAAAUUUUGCACAAACUUUGCCAUAUGUGUAA